AUAAAUGAUUAACAGUGCCAGUGUGUGUGUGUGUGCGUGCGUAUGUGUGUGUGUGUGUGUGUAUGCAAUGCUGAAAACGCAGACUUCGGUCAGUGAAAGAAGGGGAGGUGGAAAACAGGAGAAGGAGAGCAAAAGAGAGCUUUAAUGCCCAGGACAAACCAACAUACAAAUAAACGCAAUUGAACAGAAUAAGAAAACGGUAAUAAGUCGGGAAAAUCAAAGUGCAAAUCUGAACGCCAAAAAAAGCAGAGAGUGCGAGCAAGACAGCGCAUGCUGGGGCGCCGCAGGAGCUGUAGAAGAAGAAGCAGUGAGAGUGAAGUUAACUGGAAGUGGAGUGGAAAAAGAAGAGCGAAAAGAGAGCCAGCGAAAACAACAAAGAACAACCAGUCGACUCCAAAAAUUCGCCCUUUCAAUCUACCUCCAAACACGAGCAAAAUCGUCAUUUUAAGAAGCACAAUAACUAAAUGAAUAAACAAAAUAUUCACAUAAAGGCGGCGACAAACAACUCAACUCAAGUAAAACGGAACAGCGCCAUCUGGAGUAGGCAGAUAAAAGCAGCUGACAGACGUAAAGAAAAGAAAAAAACACAAUAAAUCCCAUACCAGCUUUCUUCGCCUGGAAGUCGCAAAGGAAGAGCGCAAGAGAGGGGGGAGUUAGCUCCCUGAAACCCCACGAACCACAAAACUCCACUUGGACCACGAAAUAAUCAUAAGCGCACCGUAAGCACGAAAAAAAAACUCAGACCAGACCAGUUGCCUUUUUUAGCCCGCCACAAGAUGGCGUGCCUUAACACCCUGAAGCAGGAAAUCAAAACGCUAGAGAAAAUCUUCCCGAAGAACCACGAGCGCUUUCAGAUCCUCAAUUCCAGCGUCGACGAACUGCUCUGCCGGUUUAUCGAUAAGAAUGGAAAGCGCUACGAUAUUCACGCCAACAUAACGGAAACCUAUCCCUCAUCGCCGCCAGUUUGGUUCGCCGAGAGCGAGGAGACGAGCGUCACAAAUGCUGUUCAAAUACUUAGCAACACGAAUGGACGUGAUAAUCACGUUAUUAAUCAGGUGGGCAUACUGCUGCGUGAGCUGUGUCGCCUUCAUAGCGUUCCACUGCCACCCGACAUCGAUAACUUGGCUCUGCCGCUGCAAACGCCGCCGCCAUCCGCUUCCCCCCUUCGCUGCGAGCAGAGACCAGGUGGUGGUGGAGCGGGGGGUGGGGGCGGACCCCACGGCAACGAGGAGACCGAUUCGGAUCAGGAGGAGAUCGAGGAUCCGAUUGGCGAGAGUGAACAGGAGAGCGAGGGCGAUGAGGACUUGCCGCUGGAAAUGGAUGAUGUACGAAGUACAAACAAGAAGGACGACAUGGAAGUGGAACACCUAGCGACUCUAGAAAGACUGCGUCAAAGUCAGAGACAAGACUAUCUAAAAGGUUCAGUUUCGGGUUCCGUACAGGCAACCGAUCGCCUAAUGAAGGAACUACGCGACAUUUAUCGAUCGGAUGCCUUCAAGAAGAACAUGUAUUCUAUUGAACUCGUCAAUGAGUCGAUUUACGAAUGGAACAUUCGCCUCAAGUCUGUCGACCCCGACAGUCCGCUGCACAGUGAUCUGCAAAUGCUCAAGGAGAAGGAGGGCAAGGAUAGCAUACUGCUCAAUAUCCUCUUCAAGGAGACAUAUCCUUUCGAGCCGCCAUUUGUGCGCGUCGUCCAUCCGAUUAUCUCAGGCGGCUAUGUGCUCAUCGGUGGUGCCAUCUGCAUGGAAUUGCUGACCAAACAGGGCUGGAGCUCGGCCUAUACCGUGGAAGCGGUUAUCAUGCAAAUUGCAGCCACCCUUGUCAAGGGAAAGGCGCGCAUCCAGUUCGGGGCUACCAAAGCACUGACCCAGGGCCAAUACAGCUUGGCUCGAGCCCAGCAGAGCUUCAAAUCUCUAGUGCAGAUUCACGAAAAGAAUGGAUGGUUCACCCCGCCCAAGGAAGAUGGCUAAAACAUAACACAGGAAAAGUCCCCGACGCACAUCCUUUCUAGAAUAACGCAUGCCAACCAACACCAACCAACAACACCCACCAUACUCACCUCACACCGCCAGCACAGACCCUGCCCACAUCCUGCCCACAUCCGCCAAGCACACAACCCACACACUUACUGUCGGCUUGAUCUGAUGUUUGAUUUGGUCAGGACCAAUAUGGACAAAGCCCCUGAAUUUAAGGAGAUGGCCCACAUUACUACCUUGCUUGCAGCGUUGAUGGAAGUCCGAAGAAAGCACACACACAUCAUGCAUCUACAUAUGUUUGAUUGCUCCUAAAAACAUUAAAUCGUCUUUAGAGGCACGGUUACUGAUUUGUUGCAUUCAUAUGUAUAUGCCACACUCGACUUCUCUGCAGUGUGUAGUGGCCUGAAAUCGUGUAUCCUGUACAGAGUCUUGGAAACCGGAGCUGCAUAUAUAUUGGUGUAAAAGUGUCAAAGAAAUCAGCAGCCGAAGAGUGUAAAAUGUAAAGGCAAUAUCUGUUAUGUAUAUGAGUAUCAUUUUUAAUUUAAAGUGUAAGUGUAGUAGCUUUGAACCUUGCAAACAAAAAUCACCCACCCAACCAGCACCCACAAUCCUCACACACUCCACACAGACACACACAUACAAACCCCUAAAAUGUAAACUAGUUAAGACGCCUAACUGUAUUCUUAUUUAAGUUUAACAAAUCCGUGGUAUCUUAUAUUUUCCCUUUAGCUGGUAAGCUAACAACACAAGAAACGGCAUGUUGGCCUAAGUUGACGCAAUGUCGAUCGGAAUAGAUAUAUAUAUAUACAUAUAUAUACCUAUACAUACACAUAAUUAUACAUAAAUAUAAAGAUAUAUAUUAAAAUUAGCGCGAGAGUUUAGCUUAAGCAGAAUAAUACAGAACGAUGCGUCGAAGAUGAGCAAAUUCUAAGUGUAAAUUCGUCUUUCCAAAUAAUCGUAAAAAACCGUAAAUCUAAAUCUAAAAAUGAAUAACAAAUAAAAACCCAAAUCGAGUAGUUGGAGAACGAACACCGUAAA